AGUGUACGUACAUUAUUAAUCACCAAAUUACGCCAACCCAAAAACAUACAUUAUAAUCCACAUUGCAAUUUUGCAUGCUCUCUCUCUCUCUCUCUAAUUUUACAAAUUUACAAUGGAAUCUCUCACUACUGGAACCCCUACUACUUGUUCUAGUGUUCAACAUGUGACCAAGAAGUCUUCAGACGAGCUGCUGAGGAAAUUUGCUGAUUCCGGGGACGAGGCCGAUGCCUCGGCGAGGAAACAGCUGGCGGUGAGGAUGUCGAAGCGCCGGAAAAGAAGCCGGUUGAACGGGGAAGGGGAUCAUCAGUGCGAUAGUCCGUCGAACGGGAGGAGUACUGGAUUGGUGGAGAGGAGGUCUCUGCUUCCUGCUGGGACUAAAAACAAGGCGUUGUUUAGGAAAAUUGGGAUUCAUGGCGGCAGGGCUUCACACCUCAGGGCGACGGAUAUCAGGAACAAGUCCCUCUUCGGUUCAAUUCGCAAGACAUGGAGAAGGACCAUUGAAGGAGCUUCAAAGGUUUUCAUGGAAAAGCAUUACAAUAGGCACAAGCGUUUGAUCAAUGACAUUGUCUAGCUCAACACACAAACACUCUCUUACUUCAAAUUUCAGAAAUUUCUAUGUUGAAACCCCAAAUUUUUGCAUCAAACUUGUAUUCUUCAUUCUUUUUCUAAUUUAUUAUUUAUGUAUAAGGAAUUGUAAGUGCUUUUGUUGUUAGAUUAUCAGUCGGAGCUAUUAAUCUAAUCGUCCAUUUUCUGAA